AUGUCAGAAGAAAUACCACAAAUAACCGAAGUUGGUAGUAAGGCAACUACCUCACAAGCAGAAUACAACACAACAAAGACUUUUGGAGAAAGCCUGAAAGGAACCCUGAGCCUCAAAAGAAACAAAAAGGGAAAUAAAAGCGGACAUCCUGCCUUGGAAGAUGCUAAGGGGCAAAACUAUACAUUUCUAUCCUAUAUGGAAAAUAAACUAGAAGAAAAGAUUGAGAAAAAAUUAAGCGAUUCUCUGUCAAAGGCAAUUCAGGAGGAUUCAAGAGAAAAGGCAAUAGAAGCACAGAAGUUGUUAAGACAAAGAUCAUUUACUUUAAGGGUGGGAGAGGAAAAAGGCUGGAACGUGGCAGCCAAAAUUCCAAAACCAUACCCUAGUGAGGAUGAUGAAUUUAAGGAUCUAUUAGUCAAAACAAGAAAACAAGCAAGACCACAAGAAAACCAACUUGUACCAUAUAGCUGA